CUACUCAGUGCAGUCCAGUCCUUUCUACCAUGUUCCUUUCAGUUGUGCUGCUAUGGCUCUGCAUUUUCUUUGUCAUCCUUCAACUCAAAUCCCGAAGGCCCAAGAACUUUCCACCGGGACCCUCGAUCCUGCCCAUACUGGGGAACCUUUUGCAGCUGAACCUCGAGAACCCCUUGAAUGACUUUGAGAGGCUGAGGAAGACUUAUGGAAACGUCUACAGUCUGUUCCUCGGUCCCAGACCAGCUGUAAUCAUCAGUGGAUUGAAGGCCAUGAAGGAAGCUAUGAUGAUCAAGGGUGCUGAUUUUGCCGGACGACCUCAGGACAUGUUUGUUAAUGAUGUCCUGGAGAAUAAAGGAGUGAUUCUGGCAGAUUAUGGCCCUCGCUGGAGGGAACAUCGUCGCUUUGCUCUGACGACUCUGAGGAACUUCGGUCUGGGGAAGAAAUCAAUGGAGGAGAAAAUUCAUGACGAGAUUCAAUACAUUGUGAAAAAGCUGGAUAAAAGCAUUGGUAAAACUAUGAGUCCUCAAGUCAUGUUCCAUAAUGCGGCCUCCAACAUCAUCUGCCAGGUUCUGUUUGGUACACGAUAUGAGUAUGAUGAUAAGUUCAUUACAGAGAUGAUUCGGUGCUUCACUGAGAAUGCUAAGAUAGCCAAUGGACCGUGGGCAAUGCUGUAUGACUCUCUUCCCUUUAUUCGCAACCUGCCAUUACCCUUCCGCAAGGCCUUUGACAAUUGUAAGACUUGCCAGGAUCUUGUACUUAAUUUGGUGAGUGAGCACAAGAAGACCAGAGUCCCUGGAGAGCCUCGAGACUUUCUUGACUGCUACCUGGAUGAACUGGAUAAGAAAGCAGAGGAUUCUUCAUUUUCAGAGGACAAACUCAUUAUGUACACUCUAGAUCUUCACUUUGCUGGGACUGACACGACCUCCAACACCCUGCUAACUGGUUUUCUGUACCUGAUGAAGUACCCACACAUACAAGAACGAUGUCAGCAGGAGAUUGAUGAGGUGUUGGGAGGGAAGAGUCAGGCCAGUUAUGAUGACAGAAACAACAUGCCUUACAUGCAGGCUGUGAUACACGAGAUACAAAGGAUGUCCAACACUGUUCCACUCAGCGUCUUCCAUAGCACGACUAAAGACACAGAGCUCAUGGGAUAUUCUAUUCCAAAGGGUACGAUAAUCAUCCAGAAUCUGACCUCAGUGCUGAAUGAGGAGGGUCAUUGGAAAUAUCCUCAUGAAUUCAACCCUGAAAACUUCCUCAAUGACCAGGGAGAGUUUGUUAAAUCAGACGCCUUCAUGCCUUUCUCUGCAGGUCCUCGGAUGUGUCUCGGAGAGGGUUUGGCUCGUAUGGAGCUCUUCCUCAUCAUGGUGACUCUGCUGAGGAAGUUUAAGUUCAUCUGGCCUGAGGAUGCAGGAGAACCAGACUUCACUCCACUCUUUGGGUCUACCUUGACUCCCAGACCUUAUCGCAUGAAGGUCCAACUCAGGUCUUCGGAGUGAAGAGGCCUUAAGAUACAGAGCAGAAACAGUGCAGGUUGAUUUAAAUUAACAAAAAACAAACACACUAAAAGCACUGUAGCUUUGACGUUGAUGCAUGUUUAUGAUAUAUAUGUGUAUAUACAUUUACUUGUGGAAUAAAGAUUUACUUGUGUAGUGUAAUUUUCUGCUUCUGCAAAGAACCUGUCUGGCUCUGUGUGUUUGGUUGUGGCCUGACCAAUUUCCUCUGAGAUUCUGUGCAUCUCCCAGUGACCCUGAUGUGAUUAGCUCAUGGCCUGGAUGGCACUGGGACUCCUUGUGUUUAGUUGAAUGACAUUUAUUAUUUCACCUAUGAACAUUAUUCAAUGUAUUUUCAAGAAAGGUCCAGCAGUGGAAGAAAUAAAAGUAUUCAUUGUA